AAAAAAGUAUAAAUCGAAUUUUAAUGUCAGUCAACAAUAUAAUUGGGGAUCAAUCAAUUCUGGGUUUUCUGGUCUACUUGUUAAAUAAAUUUUACAGAAGGGAAAAAAGCGAAAAAGGAAAACGUGAGAAACGAAAAAAGUAACAGUUGUUGUCGAUCAAACUCAUCCUUCCUUCUCGCAAAAUCCCUUUCUUCGGGGAGCCUCUAUUCCGAUCUUUUAUUCAGGUUUAGGAAGAAAAGGGAUGAUUCGACUCGUGGCUUUGAAUUGAAGAUUCUGCAGGUUUAGUUGUGUUAAAAAAUGUGGAGCUCAAGUGAGGAGAAGAAGAGUGGAGAGGUGGCCGGUCUAACACCGGUUUACCUCAAUGUCUAUGAUCUCACCCCUGUCAACGAUUACCUCUAUUGGUUUGGGAUCGGCAUUUUCCAUUCCGGAGUAGAGGGUAUGUUUCUCUAUUCAUUCCUCUUGCUUGAGCAUGUUUUUUUUUUUUUACUCGACUUUAAUUGUAUAGCUCAUGGUAUGGAAUAUUGCUAUGGAGCUCACGAGUAUUCAUCUAGUGGGGUCUACGAGGUAGACCCUAAGAACUGUCCUGGCUUCAUCUUCAGACGCUCUCUUCUACUGGGAACUACAACCAUGUCCCCUUCUGAUUUCCGCUCUUACAUGGAGAAGCUUUCGUCAAAGUACCACGGUGACACUUACCAUUUGAUCGCCAAGAACUGUAACCAUUUCACCCAAGAGGUUUGCUUGCAGCUCACGGGUAAGCCUAUUCCCGGAUGGAUCAAUCGCCUCGCCCGCUUAGGUUCGUUCUGUAAUUGUCUUCUACCGGAAAGCGUUCAGCUCACUGCUGUUAGUGCUCCUUCUGAACGCCUUGAGUUCUCUGAUGAGGAUGAAUCGAACUCAGAGGCAUCUUCUGGGUCAGAUGAUGAUGAAGAAGAAGGAUCAGAGAAGCAUCUCAUUAACGUAGCAGACAGAGAGGUUGUGUAUCUACAAAACAAACCAGUGCGACUUACCAGAGAGUAGAUAGAUACCCUGAGAUACUUCCUUGCAGUGUGUUUGUUAAACAAUAUAGCCAUGGGAAGCCCAAAGGGGGUAAAGUGAUAUUCGUCUUCUUAUUGCUGCGCUUGUUCUGCCUGAAAAAUCCGUUUAGUAUUCUUCUCAUUCUAGGCAUGUAAAAAACAUAUUCCUGAUUUAUAAAAUUCAAUCCACCCUUUUGCAGU